AUGCCCCUCCACCUCCUCCACCACAAAUCCUACCAUGUCUACAACGCCGCCAACAUCGCGCGCGUGCGCUCCGACGAAGCCGCUGCCGCGGUGACCGCCGCCCUCGCCGCAGACGCCGCGCAGGCCUCUGCCGCGUCGGAGCGGCUCGAGCUGCUGAGGGCGGGCGCGGGCGGCACGGGCACAACCACGGUCACCACAGCUCCAGCUCCAGCUCCAGUCACGGAGGAGCCGGCGACACCCGACUCCCAGCGCCCGAAGCCGGCGACCAAGACACCAGCGCAGCGGCAGCUCGACGGGCGCGUGAACCGGGAGGGGAUCGUGGGAUCAGACGGGCAUAUCAACCUGUUCCCGUUGCCUGCGGGGGGAGGGGCGGCGGGAAGGAACGAGGAGGCCGAGCGCGAGAGGAAGGAGAAGGAGGCGAAGUGGGAGGCUGAUACGUUCCGGAAUGCCCUGGGUAGGCCGUGUGAUGAGGUUAGGCCUUGGAUUGCUAAACUCCGACGAGAGCGUGAAGAGCGGGAGGAGCGGGAGAGACGGAAGACGCAGCUGUUGCUGGAGCGCGAGAAAGAGAGGACCACUCCCGGGUGGAAACCGGUUAGCGGUGGGAGGUAUUCUAGACAAUUCGGGAUCGACCAGAAUCCAUAG